AUGAAUAAAAUCAGUGAAUUGUCUGGUUACACUAAGAUAAGAAACACUCUCUAUUCUGAAGCUGCAAUUGGAAUCUCAGGCAACAGCUUCCUUCUUCUUUUCCACAUCUUCAUGUUCAUUCAUGGCCAGAAGCCCAGACUCACUGACCCAUCCAUCGGGUUCUUGGCCCUAACACACAUACUGAUGCUGCUAGUCAUGAGUUUAGUAGCUACAGACAUUUUUAUGCCAUGGAAGAGAUGGGAUGACACCACGUGCAAACUUGUUUUCUUCUUGUACAGGUACCUUAGGAGCCUCUCUCUUUGUGCCACCAGCAUGCUCAGCAUCCUCCAGGCCAUCACCCUCAGUCCCAGGAGCUCCUGUCUAGCAAAGUUCAAACAUAAAUCUCCAUACCAUAUGCUAGGUUACCUUCUUUUCCUGAGCAUCUUCUACUCAUCUAUUAGCAGUCACCUUGUAGCAUAUAUAGCUGCCACCCCUAAUUUGACUUCACCUAGUUUUGCAUAUAUCACUCAAUCUUGCAGUCUUCUGCCCAUGAGUUACUCUUUGAAGCAUACAUUUUAUAUACUACUAACCCUCAGAGACGUCAUCUUUGUAGGUUUCAUGGUCCUCUCCAGUGUGUACAUGAUGACUUUCCUAUGCAGACAUAAGAAACAGUCCCAGUUUCUCCAUAGCAGCAGCCUUUCCCAUAAAUCAUCUCCAGAACAAAGAGCCAUGAAGACCAUUCUGUGCCUCAUGAGUUUCUUUGUGGUGAUGUACACAGUGGACAGCAUCUUCUCCUACAUAAGAUCACCAAGGGAUGAUCUUACGUUUCAUUGUAUAUCCAUUUUCAUAGGCCAUAGCUAUGCCACAGCCAGUCCUUUUUUGGUCCUCAGUACUGAAAAACGUGUAAUUCACAUUUUGAAAUGUUAUGGCAGGACAGUAGACAUGUGA